GAGGUGCCGCGCCAGGGCCAAUGAACCGAGAGCCUCGCCCACCCUCCAGAGCCCCAAAGGUGGCUUUCCGCGCCGUGGGCUGGUGGCGGCAGCUCUGAAGCAACCGGACCGUGGCUCGGUGGCUGAGCUGCAUAUGGAGCCUCAAGGGUGGACGGAGGACCUAAUGGAGGGCACAGCUCGGCGUGGUCUUCUCCGAGUGCCCUCGUAAAGCGCUUGCAUGGGAAGAAAGAAGCAAAUCCCAACUGCUGAUUUGUUGACUCAGUCGGGCCUGUUAGAAACAAGUCAGGAGCGCUGCAGGAAUUUCUCCCUCCCCCUCUGCAGAACUACUAUCCCUCUGUCUGUAGCAUAGGCUUUACUAUAGCUGCAGCUUAAAAGAUGCCUGUGAUAGACCAGGCAUUUGUGACCCUUGGUACCAAUGAUGCUUACUGCAAAGGUGCUCUGGUUCUUGGGCAGUCCUUGAGGAAACACAGGACAUCCAGAAUGCUGGCAGUACUAACUACACCUCAAGUCUCCAAAGCAAUGAGUCUUCUGUUUUUCAGGGCUGCCCUCAGUAACAUGUUUGAUGCUGUGGUUGAUGUGGAUGAAAUUGAUAGCAAAGAUGCGAUGUGCUUGGCUCUGCUGAAGAGGCCAGAACUGGGUGUAACAUUUACAAAGUUUCAUUGUUGGACCCUUACUCAGUUUAGCAAGUGUGUCUUCUUGGAUGCAGACACUUUGGUACUUUGCAAUGUUGAUGAGCUGUUUGAUCGGGAAGAACUUUCAGCUGCUCCUGAUUCUGGCUGGCCAGACUGCUUUAACAGUGGGGUCUUUGUCUUCCGCCCUUCUUUGAAAACCUUCAACCUCCUCCUGCAAUUUGCAAAUGAGUGUGGUAGCUUUGAUGGAGGUGAUCAAGGACUAUUAAAUAACUUUUUCAGCAACUGGGCAACAACGGAUAUUAGCAAACACUUGCCAUUUCUCUAUAAUAUGAGCAGCAGUGCAGUCUACACUUAUGCACCUGCGUUCAGAUAUUUUGGCAAGGAUGCAAAGAUAGUCCAUUUCUUGGGGUCAACAAAGCCCUGGAACUAUAAAUAUAAUCCUCAAACAAAAACAAUUACAGAGGAUGGUUCGGCCUCUGUGUCUGAAAGUCAGCGUUCUUUUCUGGAACUUUGGUGGGAGAUGUACAGUUCCACAAUAUUACCCUUAUUGAAAAAAGUGCAGGAAUCCUAUGAAUUGGCGCUCCGGAAAGAAAAGCCUGAUUUGAGUGAAAAUCAAAUUGAAUUUGAAGGAGCUCUUAUCUCUAGCCAUCCUUUGUCUACAUCAGUGAAUACGGAAUAUGUAAUAGAAACUACUGUAGACUCAUGUGGUGAAUUCUCUGCCAUUACUCAACCUGUACAGAAAGUGGAGAGCACUAUUGAUAUCACAGUUGCUGAGCCCUGCCAAUCAUCCACACUGCCCAAUGUGCAGCCAGGCCUUCAGCACACUGUAGAAAUGGUGGGUACAUCACUCUACUCUGACAUCUGUGAAAAAAAGAAUACACAGGAAGAAGUUACCAGCUCUGUUUCAGAACUUUCUAUUCAACCAGAACCAGACCCUCCAAGUGCAGAAGACCAACGAAGAAAAUGGGAAGAAGGCCACAUUGACUACCUCGGGAAGGAUGCCUUUGAAAACAUUCAGAAAAAAUUGGAUUCCUUUUUAUUGUAGCUCUUGCAUUUGUGCUCUUACAGCAAAAUCACUCUUACAGCAUUUGUGCUCUUGCAUUUGUGCUCUUACAGCAAAAUCAUGUAUGUAAAACUCUCUAGGGCAGGGGUCUGCAACCAGCAGCUCUCCAGAUGUUCAUGGACUACAAAUCCCAUCAGCCCCUGCCAGCAUGGCUAAUUGGUCAUGCUGACAGGGGCUGAUGGGAAUUGUAGUCCAUGAACAUGGGAAUUGUAGUCCAUGAGCCGCAGUUUGCAGACCCCUGUUCUAGGGUAAGCCCUUGGCUGUUUUGCAUAAAAAACCCAAAAACACUUAAAAAUUGCUAUACUUGGUGCAUCUGUCUUGUGGCAGUACAUUAUCUCAGAAAAUGAAUUACAAUAGGCUUAUUAAUCUGCCUAUUACUGAAUCAGAUCAUAGCUUCAUCCUGUCUCUCCUAACUAGCAUAAGCUUUCCAGGGUUGCAGGUAGCAUCAGACCUGGCCUGUUUACCUGGGAACAUUUUAACUGGAGAUGGCGGAUAAUGAACUCUGAACCUUCUAAAUGCAACCAAGAUCUUGUUGUUAGUUCCUGAUUGCACAGUCUGCCAAAUACUGCUUCCACCCAACCCAUGUUCAUUUUGCUUUGUCUUCUGCUCAAUGUGAUGCAUUUGGACAAAGCUCUUUCUGUUGGACCAACUUCUGUUUUAUAAAAGUGAGCAUCAUUUGGAAACCAAUAUCAUACUUUCUCUCAUAGAGGCUAUUGAUUACCUAUGCAUUUUUAAAUACAAAUGUAUUUAAACCACAGUGCCUCAUAAAAUGUUCUUUCACUUUCAUCUAAAGUCACGCUUGGGAAACUGUUUUAAACCAAGUAUUAUAUCCUAUAAUACUGGGCUGGAGUACAGAUCUUGGACAUGAAAAGGAAUCUUAGUCACUUGGAAGACUUGUCUAUCUCUGGUAGAUGGAUGUUCCGAGCAGUUAAGAUUCUCGUAUUCUGUCUGCAUAGCUACGGAGAUAGCUCAUUGAACUUUUUUUAAAAAUAGGAAAACCAUAUAUUGCCAGCAUCAGCAGGACCAGCUGAGUACAACUAUUCACCUUUUGGCCUGAAGGGACACACAGAAUCAGAGUAGGCAGAGCAAACGGCCUGGGGCAAUCUUCAGCAAAUGGCUGGGAGAAUCCCUUCAGCUGCUCACAAAAUGUCAGGUGCAAGUUGAGGGUGAAACUGACCAGAGAUGGGAACCAGCCUCUUCUCUUCUCUGACACCUUUUCUGUCUGGAAAGCACACCAGAAAGCUGCCUCUUUUUAAGAUGUUCCCUGGACAUUUUUGGGGGGGUGCUGAGUGAAAAGAGGCACUUUGUCUUUUUAAGAUCGCCCACAAAUGUCUUCUUUGUGCUAUGCAGAAUGGACCAGACUCAGGUCAUUAUCAGUACACCACAUAUGAAGCACUGAUGUGUAGAAGACUGAUACAGAUCCACUGGAAUCCGGCAAUCCCCAGACCAUAUGCAUGCAGUGAGCCCAUAGAGCCACCUGGAAGCAUCUUUGUUAUCAUCAUCCCUCUUCCCCUCCCCAAGCUUGUGUCAAAUUACUUAUGCUUCAGUGACUGACUGUCAGCUCUUUCUGAAUUGCUAUCCCUGCUUGGGGACAGGAUACUUGGAGUUGUGAGCCACAGUUGAAAAAUGGAUCAUUGCCCUUCCUGGCUAACUAAAUUCUGCUAGAAGUUGAGAUUCCUUUUAGCUAGGGUAAUUAACUCAUCACUGGUAGAAGAUAAUUUUCCUAAGAAUGUAAAACAUAAUGCUGAGACCACUGCUUUAAAAAGCCUUCUCCAUCCAACUCUUCCUUGGAUAUUUAUAGGUUUGUAUCCAGUCUUUCCUAUUUUGGGCAAAUUGAGUGUGUGGUGGCAUAGACAAGGGUGGGAUUCAGCAGGUUCGCACCACUUCGGCAGAACCAGUUGUUAAAAUGGUGCUUGUAAACAAUCAGUUGUUAAAUUAUUAUAAUUCCCACCACCGGAACCUGUUGUUAAAUUAUUUGAAUUCUACCACUGGGCAUAGGAACUGAAUGGCAUCACUUCCCUUUUUCCAUUCAGUAUGAUUAAGGACUGGGGAUGACUGAAAGGGGGAAUGACUUUUCCUGUCUUGGAUAUGAUGGUCCCCCCAUUUUCCCCCCAUCUACUUUUAGUUCCUAAAUUGUCUUCCCUUUCUAGACUUGGGGCCUGAUUAAGUAAUACAUUAAGUGCAAAUUGGGUCAGAGAAAACCUCAAACCAACUAGCGUUUAAUGUGUAACCUGAGACUUGCCUUAAAAACAGAAUGUGGAAGCAAAGUCAACUUUCAAGCAUGACAUUACAUAUUAGCAGGAGGUGCUUCAGCAUCCCCUUCUAAAAUGGUCAUGGGGGGAGGUUAAGCUGUUUGUCCCACUACCUAGUGAAAACAUGCAGGAUGGAAAGGAGGACAUGUUGAAGCCCUACUUGCUGUAGCACAGUGCUGGGAAGGCAAUUUUUACCCUAGCCCUUAUUUUUUUAAGGUGAGUCCCAGAUCACUCAUUAAAAGCGAGUUAGUUGGCAUUUCCCCCAAUCUAGCUUCCUUUGUGGUCUAAUCAGAUCCUCAGUCAAUCUUGCUAUUACAUAUUUCUGUAACCUCCUGCUUGGAUUACUGCAGGAAGCAUUAAAUGGGACUGCCCUUGAAGAUAAAAGAAGCUUAAUGCUAAAUUGAGGUUCUUGCCUCUUAUUAGAUGCUGGUGCCAUAUGCACUGUAAGCUGGCUUUAAAAGGGCUUCACUGGCUGCCUAUGUGCUUGGUUGUCGCCAUCAACCCUUUCAAGAUCAAGGAUCCCCAGACUGACGUAUCACUUCUCUUGGUAUGAAUAAUCCAAAUGUCAACCUAGGUCCUCUUGCGAGUCUGUUUGCACCUCUUACCAGUCUGUCUAUGCAAUACAAUUCCAUUUGCCAUGGGCAGACCUUCAGGGCAAAAUCUUGUUCCUGUUGUGUUAUAGCAGCAAUCUUAUGGAAUGGAGAGCUUUGUUGCAGGCAAUUUUCUGUGAGUAUGGCAGCCUUCUGUGGUAGGGCUUUUUCACAUAACUAUAAAGCAUGUUUCGUCGGGUAAUGAGAUUUUUUAAACAGGUCUGUGAUGUUUCAGUGGUGAUCUGAAUUGCGUAUGUUUUAAUGUGUUUCAUUAUUUACGCUGCCUGGAAUGAAGGGUAAGACAAGAUAACAUUUUUGAAUGAAUAAAUGUUGAGGCAAAAGGUAAAGUUAGACAAAGACCUGCCAUUUUGUCUUUUGGCUCAUUUCAUACACUCUGCGCGCGCGUGUGUGUGUGUGUGUGUGUGUGAGAGAGAGAGAGAGAGAGAGAGAGAGAGAAUGCCAGGACAGCAGCAUAAGACUAUAGCAGUAAUCCAUACGUGGGUUCUGAAUUAUCUCCAUUGUUUCCUUCUCACGAACCUUUAGGGAAAGUUGCUCCUUCCCUCCCCGGUGAACAAAAUUGAUACAAUGGUCCCAGGGCAAUGAACCUUUUUCUGUUUAAAAAAUGAAUACAAAUUAUCUGAAUUUUGUCAAACACUUGCUAAAUUACCAUUAAAUGUACUAGAGACUCUGGUUAAUUAGCUUAUUGAAACAAGAAACUUCCUAUAAAUGAUGCUUAUAUAGUUCUUCAUAUCAUCGUGUAAGUUGCUGUGAAACUUUUUCUUUUCUUUUUCUUUCUCCUCUUCUUCUAUUAUUUAAUUUGUAUACCACCCUCCCCCAAAAGGCUCAGGGCAGUGCAUAACAAGAUAAUAACAACAUCAAUAAACAUUACAUUGUAGAACAACCAUUUUUUGACAGCUAUUGGACUGGCCUAUUUAUAUAGCAGGUUAACCCCAUUACUUUGGGGGCAGUUGUGAAGAGACCUAGCUGUUUGUAAACUUAGAACCUCAUAUGUUUUAAAUUGCAUAUAUAGUCCUACACAUAACUGAAAACAGAGAUGAUAGCAUAUUUUUUCAGACAAAAGGGAUGGAAUUGAAACAAAUUAUUAUUUUCCUCUCUGCAUGUUUUUUUUCUGAGCCAACAAGACUAUCACCUAUCACCCUUAUUACUUUAACAGAUCCUUGAUGAUAGAGAUAGUUUAUGGAAUGAACUUAUUGAAGAAGAUACAAUAUCCUUUGGUGUGGUUCUGGGAUAAUUCUUACUAGAAACUUCAUUUGUAAAUUUAUCCAUAUAUAGGCAAACUUCAUUUGUAAAUUUAUCUAUAUAUAGGCAAUAUGAAACCAUUGCCAAGACAAGAAAAUAUAUUUUACCCACUAUCUAAUUGGAAACAUAUUAAGAUAAUUUCUACUAAAACGUAUAUUCUUCCUCUUACUGUGGAUGUCUCAUAAUUAGAAAGGUCAGAUUGUAAACUGACCAAUAUUAUUUAAUAGAAAUGGAUUCCUUAAGUAGGUGUUGAUACAUACCGUAUUUAGUUUUGAAAGCUUCAAGGGGGAACUACAAGGGUGUUCCCUGUCAAUAUCUGCAUUUUACAUGUAUACUUUCUAAUCUUGUGUGAAUAAAUAGUGAUUUUGUAAAUAUCUAAAGCCUAGCAAAUAAUGGGACAUUCUUUGUGUUCCACUCAUUAGUUUUAUUUGCAUUUUUAUUAAAUGGUUCAAAUGAAAAAAA